GUAUGAGAAUGACAGAAGAAAAUCUUACAGUAGCAACAGGGAAAAUUUAAACUUUGCUCUUUUACUAUGCGUUCCGUUCAAUAAACAUAUCAAAUUAUUCAAUUGGUUAGUUAUAUAUUAUAUUCUUUCAUCAUUGACAUUGAUCCGACAGUGUUUGUGUUUGUGACAGUGUUUGAUCUGAUCUGCAAAAACUGAAGUGUUUUUCUCAAGGUAAACAUCAGAUGAAGUCAAAUUUCUGUGCUAGAUAGAAUACAAAAUUGUGUUUAUAAAACUAUUGUUUAGUUUUUGUUAUGUAAAUGCUAAAUUACGAAGAAGAAUAUCUUACUGUGUGCAGAAUGGCUAAACUUCUCAGAAUAAAAGUGUUCUCCGGUACCUGGAAGGUCACGACUGAAUAGAAACCUUUCUACAGGCAGCCUCCCAUAGAGACUAAAUAGCAGUUUCCUCGCCAACUCGCCACGAAAGAAGGAGAAUAAUUAAAAUUCUAACAAAAUCUCAAUUUACAUCAGAGAAUGAAAUCAACGUUGUAGUAGUUUAAACAUUAGUUGCUAGUUCCAGCUCUAAAAAAAACAAGAAUGCAGACUUUGUUGAUUUUAUACUACAGUUUGCCAUUUACAAUAUUCUGCGUAGCGCAUGCAAAAAGUCAACAGCAAUCCUGCGAUAAAACUAGGCGAGUAUUCAAAGAAGCUUACGGUGAAAUCAGCGAUGGACCGACUGGGUUCAAUUAUACACAGGAUUCCCAUUGCGAAUGGUUAAUUCGUGCCAGAAAUAGCAGUCAGUUUAUUACUCUCAGUUUUCGUAGCAUGGGAACUGAAUGCUCGUACGAUUAUAUUUUUAUUUACGAUGGCGAUUCGUUCCGAUCUCCGUUGCUCGGUAGUUUCAGUGGAAAAACUGAACCUCAACAAGUUAUCGCCUCGUCUGGGAAUAUGUUGGUGCUUCUGUAUAGCGAUACCAAUUACGUACUAGAAGGGUUUAGAGCAGAGUUCUCUGUAACAAACUGUCCAAACAAUUGUACAAAUAAUGGCCAAUGCGUAGAUCAUGUUUGUGUUUGCUAUGAUAAAUGGAUAGGAAAUGAUUGCAGCCAGAAUGCCUGUCCGGAAGACUGUGGGGCUGAUGACGGACGAGGAACAUGUCAAAAUGCAAGAUGCAUUUGCUCGAGUGAAUAUUCUGGUCAAUCAUGCAGUUUACACAAAACGCGCCCGGCUCCAAAUGAAUGGCACUGGCUAUCCAACUCUAAAAAUGGCCUGGCUCCACGGGCAACCCAUACUGCAGUAUAUUAUGCGCCAACAGACGCUUUGUAUGUUUUCGGUGGUUACAAUUUGAACAAGGUUCUCAGCAGUUUGAGUAUUUACCGGUUCAACCAGAGCUUGUGGGAAAACGAAUGGGGUGUUGUGCUAGGCAGUGAAGAGCAACAAUCUGUAGAACAGAUGCGUGGUAAAGCAAGACGCGGAAUGCUUCUGUCGGAAGAAGCCAGUGCAGUUCUAGGUCUUAAACGGGAACCCAAUUUUUUCAACAACUUCAUCUACUCUUUAGCAGAUAACAGAACUAAACCUUUUAGAGCAGUAUAUGGCAACAGUUCUAGACCAUCAGGAAGAUUCGGACACGCAGCCAGCGUUGUGGAAGAUGGUUUUGUGAUUUUCGGUGGAAAACUUUCGACUGGUCGAUUAUCCAAUGAAUUGUGGUUGUAUAAUAUUAGUGAUAAAGGUGGCACAUGGUCUGAAAGAGCAAUUCAUUCAAUAUUCAAGCCACCACCGCUUACCCGACAUACACUGACUCAAGCAGGUUCUUAUCUAUAUUUGUUUGGCGGAGCAUUAGAAAACGGAGAAUUUUCUUCGAGAUUAUUCAGAAUUAGGUUGUCCGCUGUAUCAUCUACCGAACAGUGGGAAGAAGUUAUUCCAAGAGGAGGAAAAACACUAGAUUUACGGAUAGUAGCGCAUACUACUUCCUACCAUAAACACUCUAACUCGUUAAUAGUGUACGGUGGAGUUAUUGCGGGAUUUGCACGUUUUUCAAAACUAUCGGAUCGCAUGUUUAUGUUUCAAAUUGAUCAUUUACACUGGACAGAGAUAAUGUAUCUUCGAACACCUUUAAGAGAUUCUUACAUUCCAAGGGAACGAGCUUUUCACACAACAAUAAUUAUCGGUAACUAUCUAAUAGUAUUCGGAGGAUACUCGCAUCGUCAUAAUAAGGAGGAAAUCUGUUACGAUAAUCAAAUGUAUCUUUAUCAUUUGGGCUGCCACAAUUGGAUUAAUCCCAAUGUUCUGGGGACAAAUAGAAAAUUUCGAUACCCCAAGCAGCAAGGUGUUUUUGCUCACGCUGCAGCGCUACGGAAUGGCAACACUUUAUUCCUUGUUGGAGGAUAUCAUGGAAAUGUCAAUGGUGAUUUACUCGCAUAUACCCUUCCGGUUAUGCUGGUGGUGCCGAAUGAUGAUACUUUCGAACCGGAAGCAGCCUGUCCAAAGCAUACCUCCCUUAAUGAAUGUCUAUCGGAUCCAGAAUGUGGAUGGUGCUCAGCUGACAGUAUUUGCUAUGGGAGAACGAUUGGAGCUAAUUGUACUACUAAUUUGCAAACUACCAGAUGCCGUGGGAUAUGUCCUUCAUUAGGUGAUUGCCACUCUUGUUUAAUCCAUGGAGCAUCAUCUCUUGGCAGUUUUAAGUCAAUUGCAAACAAGUUAGGACUCGAUCGUUGCACGUGGUGUGUCCAAAACGCGCGCUGUCAUCACAAAGAUGACAAUUAUGGAGUUUGCGGUGAGGACACCCCAUCCCAGAAUCCGGGCUGGUGGGGUCCAAAAGGAACUGAGGUUUCGAAUCCUGAUCAAUGUACACAAAUGGAUACCCGUCCAGGAUUGACAUUCCUUAAAUAUUUGGACCCUGUCAAUUGGGAUAUGCCUGACAUGGUGAUGAUUGUCAACGCUACAAUGGUUGAUUUUAACAUUCCUUCUACGACAACUCAUGCAGAACAAUCCCUUAAUGGACAGGUUGUUGCUAGACUUCUUGGAUUUAUCCGCCCUCCUGCAAUAUGGGAGGGCACCGGUGAGCGUUUGAGGGCAUGUGCUAGUUACUCACAAGCUAUUUUGCGGAUGGCGUUGACGAACCGACCUCAUCAAGAUCCCAAGAAAAAACUGAUCCCAGUAGUAACAUUCAAUAUUACAGCUAGCCAAACAGUAUGUGAAAUGGCGCAAUGGAGAAGUUUGGAACCGUGGUUUCGCGUUAUGGUGGACUUUCAAGCAAAGCGUAAUGCUAACAUUGGCAUUCAAAGCCAUCAUCAACAGAUCAGCAAAAUGGGUUUGCAGCACAGUGCAGUUGGCCAGGAAAAUGCUAAAACAUUUACAUUUGAGUAUCUAGAGCCAUACUCGAAUGGUUCGUGUAGCACAUACACCAAUUGUUUGCAUUGUUUGUCGGAUUCAUUGUGCGGGUGGUGUGAUAUAACAAACCUGUGCAUCUCGAGGCAGGAGAAGGAAUCGGUGGCAUGUCGAAAAGGAUACCACUGGCGAUAUUUAACCGUCCAACCAGCACAAUGUUCUAAUUGCUCCAAUUAUAUAUCAUGUGAGCAGUGCAUAAACGCUGGUCAAUGUGAAUGGUGGACCGAGGAUGCACGUUGUUCACGCAAGGGUCGAUCAUUAACAGCUGUGAUUGAACUCAGUCAGUGCCCGACACCCUGCUAUCUCCGCACAAAUUGCUCUUCUUGUCUGAACGACCGAGGUCGUUGCGUUUGGUGUGAAGCUACAAGCCAGUGUUUUAGUUUUUCGGUGUAUACCUCUGAAUACCAAUUUGGGCUCUGUCGUGAAUGGCUCGAUCAAACAAUGCCUAUUGGAAUAGCAAGUCAAACACAAGAAGGUGCCAGUAAUGUUCAAGUGCUUCAACAGUGUAAAUCAUGUGCCAGUCAUCAAAACUGCUCCCACUGUUUACGGUCUCUAAGUUGUGGUUGGUGUUAUGUGGCGGAUAAUCCAAUAGAAGGUGUCUGCAUGCAAGGCGAUUUCAAUCGGUCAGCAUUAGAUUGCAGUACUGCUUUGAAUGUUACAGCGAAUAACGCUCAGUGGUCAUAUGCGCAGUGCCCUGAUGUUGAUGAAUGUGAACUUGGUUUGCAUGACUGUCAUGAACAGGCGGAAUGCACAAACACCCACGGCUCAUAUAGCUGUCGUUGCCGAAAGGGCUUUCUAGGUGACGGUGUAAGAAAUUGUAUCCAAACUUGUUACGAGACCUGUGUUCAUGGAUACUGUUCUGGUGGACCAGAAUAUAAAUGCCAAUGUGAUCUUGGCUGGACAGGAGUUGAUUGCAGUCAGAAUUGUGAAUGUAAUAAUCACUCGACAUGUUUACAAGGGGUAGGAAAAUGCGACAAAUGCAUGAAUUGGACUGAAGGGUUGUAUUGUGAGCGGUGCAGUUCUGGAAGUUACGGCAACGCUACAUCUGAAACUGGAUGUCAGCCUUGUGACUGCAACGGUCACGGAAACGAAGCAUUAGGUGUUUGUGACUCUGUAACUGGAGAAUGUUACUGUCAAGACAAUACGGAAGGCUUAAAAUGUGAAGUAUGCAAUCGUAACUUCUACGGCGACCCAAGAAAUGGUGGCCAAUGUUACUAUCAAUGUGAAGCUCGCGGAGUAUUAACACAUGUUGGAACGGAAGGAAUCGGCUCCUAUCAAUCACAUCGUUCAGCAUGGGGUGGCUCAGAGGCUCGGGAAUGUCUUUGGAUAAUUAGCCCUUACGUUAAGCAUGGUGUCGAUAUAAAAAAUGCUAUUAUUCAAUUUGAAAUUGAACCUCACGAAAUGAACGUUACUUGUGGACAGAAUGCUGUGUAUGUUUAUGAUGGACUACCUGAUUUAACGGGGGCAACUCAACAGAAGCACCUACUAGCAGUGUUUUGCAGUGAAGAUCGUAGCCCGUGGCUUGCUGAAGCACGAUCAGGACAUCUUACAAUCCAUUAUAAACAAGGAGGACACGGACAGGGUUUCAAUGCUGUCUACACUGUUAUGAGCUGCACAAUCAAUACAUGUAAGCGACCCUAUGUAUGCAUCGAUGAUAAAUGCGUUUGUCCUAAAGGAUUUGCAGGUCCACGGUGUGCAUUAAAAAUAUGUCCUUCCGACUGCAAUGCUGAGCUCAAACAAGGAAUUUGUGACCUUGGCUAUGGGCGUUGUAUCUGUACUCAAGGCUAUGGAGGGACAGAUUGUUCACGGUUAUUAAAACCAUCAAACAUUGUUUUUUCCGAGCUCUUCAAUUCAUAUCUAAUUUCGGACAAUUUUGAACACCUUCGGAAGACGUUACCUCGUUUUGGUCACUCCUUGGUUGCUGAUCGUCGCGGUUCAUUGUGGAUGUUUGGUGGCUAUUCAUUAUCGCAUGGUCCGUUGAAUGAUAUUCGCCAAUUUGACACUAAGAAUAAUACAUGGAUGCAAGUUACCGUUGACUCUAGCCCGGACGAUCGGAUGCCUCUCGGACGUUAUUUCCACGCUGCUGAGAUAAUUAUUUCCAAACAGGCAAUUUUCAUCUAUGGGGGCCUUUCUCGAAACCAACAAAGUCAUCAAAUUUUGGAUGAUUUUUGGCAGUUUGGACUUCAGACACAACGCUGGGGCUUGGUCAAUCAAAACGGAGUAAAACCUCCACCUUUGGCAGGUCACUCUAUGACGUUGAUCAAAGAGGCAGAAAGAGAAGUUCUACUAGUGAUUGGUGGAUUUUCUGUAAAUACCGGAUUGAGUAAUAAUGUUUGGAUGUUCGAUCUUAGUUCGAAUAGCUGGUCAAAAUUGCUGACAUCUGGCGCUAAACCGAACAGCAUAUUCGGCCAUAGUACGGUUUGUCACCCAACGACACAGAUAUUGUAUAUUUUCGGGGGAAUUGUACCAGUUGAUGGGAAAUCAAAGGUGUCGAACAGGCUGUACGCUUUCGAUUUUAAAAGUCUUAAAUGGACCGAGCUGCCAGCAUUUAUCAAUAGGCCAUCUGACCAUGUUCCACAGCCACGAUACUUACAUUCGGCGGUAACUACGGACAGUUACAUGCUUAUAUUCGGUGGUAGAACACAGCCGGUGAAUGCGAACGAUCCCAUGUUAGCGUACGUUUAUAAAUGUAACCAAUGGGUGCAAUUGAAUGGCGAUAUCGAAAUAAUUGGAAACAGUUUUGGCCAAACUUAUGCUCUCGCUAUGACCCAGGAUUUUGAGUCCGACGAGUUUUAUGCAGUUGGCGGUUGGGAUGGUAGCAGUUAUAUUCGUGUUACCAAGAUCGAUCUUCCUCAAGAUUUGUGUGAUUUAUGGAGCAGCUCAAAAUAUAUUUGCAGGCAGUAUAUGGGUUGCAGCUUCUGCGCUGUUAAGACCGCAGACCAGUACAUCUCCCACUGCUACUCUGUUGGAACUUCAGAGGUAUGUGACGCCCAAAAUGGAACUCUAUCGUUUAAUAAUGGAGCUCCCUGCGAUGAUGAGUGGAUUUCGAAAAGAAACUGUUCUCUAUUCGAUAGCUGUACAACUUGUUUAGCGUCGUAUCCCUCACAUGUGGAAAUAAAUCCAAUUUGCGAAUGGUGCCAAAAUUGUGGAGUACGCGGAAAAUGCCUUCCUUAUAGUGAUAAUUGUCAAUCUAUAGGAAAAUGCCAGUCCAAUCAAACAAUGAUCACAAAUUUAGAUAGUUGUCCCGCUCUCAAUGGUUGUGCAGCUUCAGAUUGCGAAAGCUGCCACUCGUUGCCUCACUGUUCCUGGAUUUUCAACGGUAAAUAUUUUCAGUGCCAAUCAAGAAACGAAACGGAUAGCAAUAAAAAACCACCUGCAUGUCCAGCGAGCUGCCAUACAUACACAACAUGCAGCAGCUGCUUGAAUCAGUCUGGAAUUGACAAUCAUAAGACUGAAUGCCGUUGGUCAACUCAGUUGAACGAAUGUGUAUCGUCCCGUUACCAGCAUUUAUAUUGUGCCGGAAGUAUUUGCGGGUUGGUGUUGGAAUCAACAGAUGUAGAUCAAUGUCCAGAACAGUGCGGGUCAUUUCUGCAAUGUGCCACCUGUUUGCGACAUGCACAUUGCGGUUGGUGCUCACGAAAUGGCACCGAAGGUGAUGGAGUCUGCACUGAAGGAUCAUUGGAUAGUCCAAUCGACUAUCCUGCAGCGUCAACUUGCGAUGUAAUUUACAAGAUAAAAAACCAAUUAACACAUAUUGAACCAGGUGAUCGGUUCAGUUGGAACUAUGUCAAAUGUCCUCCGGAGAAUGAAUGUGCUAAUAGUCAUCACAACUGUAAUGUUAAAUCAGAGCGUUGCGUCGAUCUACUUCAUGGAUAUGAGUGCCAAUGUGCCGAUGGAUAUCGCGCUGAUUCCGCUGGGGUUUGUGUUCCGGUUUGCAGACAAGGAUGCGUUCGGGGAUCUUGCAUUGAACCCGAUAAAUGUGAGUGUGAUUUUGGUUACGUCGGAGCUAACUGUAGCAUUCAGUGUCAGUGCAAUGGGCAUUCAAAAUGCGCAGGACCUGACCAGCUUGAUAAAUGUUUACAUUGCCACAAUAAUACAUUGGGUGAUCAAUGUGAAAAAUGUAUGCCCUUCUAUGUUCGAGAUCCUCGCAACAAUGGCGAAUGUAUACCUUGCUCGGAAUACUGCUACGGGCAUACAGAUUUGUGUGUAGCGAAGGAUAUGGAAGCACUCGUUAGAAAUAUGAGUCGAACCGAAUUAGCCAAAUUCCUUACAGAAGGACCCCAAACAACAGCUCUGUGCUUACUCUGUAAAAAUUAUACAGACGGCGAUCGUUGCGAUACUUGCGUUUCAGGAUAUUUCCGGGGUGCUACAAUUGCAAGCGAUCCGUGUCGACCGUGUCAAUGUCAUGGUCAUGGAGAUGUGUGCGACCCGGUGACCGGUGAGAAAUGUAACUGUGGAAACAAUACCGAAAGUGACAAUACCUGCUCGGCAAAGGGUAAAAAUUUAGCAUACAGUUGUUGGUCGAUGCAAUGCACAAAAUGCAAGGAUUCAUACACAGGACAUCCGUCCAAUGGUCACCAAUGUUACAAACACAUCACCGUUGAUACGAGGAUGUGCUUUGAUGCGAAAACUAUAGACGAAUGUAAAAUUAAACCACAACCUUUAAGACCCGGUCAAACAGUGUUCUUUGUCAUACAACCACGUUACAUGAAUGUAGAUAUUAGAUUUAUGGUUGACGUAACCCAGGGGGAACUAGAUUUUUACAUGAGUCCAAACGACGAAUCUUUUGUUGUUCAAGCGAAUACUACUUCCGGAUAUCACGACAUAUUUCUGGAUAAUCGGUAUUUCUGGCAACAUGAUAUCAUCGAUGUUAGCACUGUUGAUAGCUUGAACAUUUAUCCACUAAAUAUAAACGGUAAUUACUCAGAUAUAAGCCUGGAACAACCGAUGCAAAUGAGCUUUACUCCCAUUUCUCAAUGCAAAAUGGAUACGGAGAAGUAUUUCUACGUGAAGGAUAAAAUAGCAAGAGAUUUGAUCACCUAUGUUACACUACAUCAAUGUAACUCUUUAUUGCGAGUGUUUGGAUUGAAGAAUCGUUUAGUUGUUACACUACCGCACACUAUACAUUCUUUAGGACAGACAAAAUUCUAUAUAGCACUACGGGCCCGUGUCGGAUCAACGGCAAGCUAUGGUCUAGUGUUUUUUCGUCAAGAUCAGCUUCACAUUCAUUUGUUUGUAUUUUUUUCGGUAUUUUUUUCUUGUUUUUUUCUAUUUCUUGCAAUAUGUGUUCUUGCUUGGAAGGCAAAGCAAGCGGCUGAUAUGCGGCGGGCUCGCAGACGUCACGUUGUUGAAAUGUUACACAUGGCUAAACGUCCGUUUGGCCGAAUAAAUCUUUCCUUGGAAAGUCCUGGUGAAACACCAGCAAGCCAUCGUAGACGUGGUCGCAGUAAAAACUCGCCUCACAUUCAGCAAGACAUUGCACCCGUUGCGUUAGAACCGACAGUUGACAACGUAGCCGCUGUUGGAACAGUAUUCGUGCGUCUUCCAGGCAAGCACAAGUCCCAAGUAACACUAGCAUUGGCUUCGUCGCUGGUAGUACUCUCGCGAAAUAAUGUGACUUAUAACCGAGCUUUCCACCGGCGUAGAGGCUCGUCACAUUAUCAAGCUCAAAACUUGCUACAACAACUGCAACCUUUGCAAGCACCGCAACAGCUGAUACCGCCCAUGUUUAUCGAUGCGCCUCAGGAGCAAGUUCCACUGCAACCACUCGCACUCAAUAGGGUGUAAUAAGUUUUGCUUGUGGACAGAAAAUGCUUAUUGAACAAAGUCAAAAAAAAGUUCCAGUAAGUGUAAACUUUUUGUGAAAUGAAGAGUUAUACUGAAUUUUAAUCUCUAAUAAUUUACAACCAAAAUUGAUUUUUAUUCGAAGUUUUAGUUGAAACUAGAAAAAACUUUCAAAAUACCUCUUGUAACAUUCCUUCAGAGGAAGCAAAAAUCCUUUAUUCAUCAUGUUUGAUUGUGUUGAUUGAUUGACGUUUGCGGUAAAAAAAUGGACAAAAAUUGCCGAUUUUUCAUGAGUUUACCUUUAAUCGCACUGACGAAACUACUCAUGCAUCAUCAAUCAUAGUAACCCAUGAGUUAGCAAAAAAAAAUUGACAACUCUAACUGUAAUGGCGAAAAAAGUGGAGCUACUCCGUUUAGAAGUGUGCGCGUUCAAAGAACGGUACCCCGCCGCAUCAAAAACGGAUAUCGUGCGGCACUUUGUGGACGUCGGGUAUGCCCGUUCCGGCAUCUACAACAUCUUGACACUAUUUGACAACGAUCGAGCAUCGAAAGAAAGCCCGGUUUCGGACGGCCAACGACCCUGAGCGACAAAAAGCUUUAAAGGAUACUGAAGAGGAAGACCGAUGGAAAAGUCGCUAAAUCGCUGCGUGCACUUGGCCGGGAGGUUGGUGCAUGCACUAAAACAGUGAAAAAGUAUCUGGAGAACAUGGACAUACACGUCAGGAAGCGGCAGUCCCGUCCACUGAUCUCGGAGCUGCAGGCAAUGACGCAGCGACAGCGGUUGAAUAAGAUGGUCAAGUCGAUUUUCCCGGCGAAUCGUGACGUGGCAGUGGUGAUGGACGACGAGACCUAUCUCACCCUGGCUGGCAACGAUUAGCAUGACUCUUCGUAUUUUACCUCCCCCACGAAGGAAGUGGGCACCAAGAUGAAGUUUGUUUCACUGACCUAGUUCCCCAAGAAGGUGCGGCUGUGGCUGACAAUCAGCGAGAAAGGGAUGUCAAAGUUGCUCUUCUUUCGCUCUGGGCGAGCGUGAACGGGAAAAUUUAUAGUACGAAGUGCCUGCCAGAAGUUGCGUCGUUCAUCAAGAAAUACCAUAAGCGCGAAGACACGGUGUUCUGGCCAGAUUUGACGUCGGCCAACUAUUCGAAGCGAUCGUUGGAGGGGAUGGAGCGGCUGAAAAUCGAUGUGGUACCGAAGUCGGCGAAUCCACCCAAUGUCCCCCAGCUGCUUCCCAUCGAAAAUUUCUGGGCAAACUUGAAGCGCAAGAUUUAUUCCAAGAAUAUAGUCGCGAAACCCGAGGAGGAAUUAAUAAAAAAACGAAGAAAGAGCUUAAAAACAUGGCUACACGCAUAUUUUCGUCCGCCAUGGCGAAUGUUCCGGUUAACUGCCGGAAGGCCGCACGCAAGGACGUAAUAUUUUUUUGCGAGGAAGCUAACAUGAUUACCUUCCAUGGGAAAUUUAUCCAACUCAAUUAUCUGUCUUAGUUUUUUUCAUCACCUUCUGGAAAAAAAAAACAUUUUUCACCGCAAACGUUACUAUUCUGCGCGGUCUAUUGGAUUUCUAACACUAUGCAGUAUAUUACCGAGCUGUGAUUUACUUUGAUCAAUUAGAUUUUUGUUCCAACACUUGUGCUAGUCCUGACUAUUGUAACAUAUAACAUAAAGCACAAGACGGUCUAAAACGAUAUACUUAAUUUUUCUCGAAAAAAAAAAACACGUUUGUGUUUUAGGUUGCCGAUAUGCUCAACUAUUCGAUUGUAGAAUAAGCGAUUGAUAUUUUGCAAUUAAAGACAAUUAUUUAUAGAAAAUUAUUUCGAAUAUGCAGUUACAUUUGAAUAUGUAGAGCCAAUGAUCUCGAAAGGUAUAUUUUAUGUGAAUAAAUAUGAAUGUAAUUUAGGAGGAGUGCAAUUGGAGUUAUUGAAAAUAUUUAAGUUCUACUCCAGAAAGUGUACGAUUAUACAAGUUUAUGGUAAUAGGCAUGUUGAUAGCUGUAAUAUAAUCCUAUUGUUUUAUCACAGAGACAUUCGAUAACAUUCAGUUUUGGUUACCCGGUUUUAGUUGUAAGAAGCUGUAGUCGUUCUUCUGACUUGCAUAAUUAUAUAAUUCUUUUUUUCCUUUCAUUCCUAAAUUAAAUGAGGCGCGAAAUGUUUGGUGGACUUCCAGAAACCAGGAAAACCCAAACUUUAUCAAAUCGAUUGUUGGAUUUUGAUUACUGUGUAAAUAUUAUGUUUGUCCUUUCUAUUUAGAAGUAAUUUGAAGGCUUUUCUAAGAACUUUCACAAAAAAGAGCGGCUGUAGAGUCAAAAUUGGGUACGAUUUUAUUGAAAUUUACCUGUCUACACCAAUUCAUCAGUAAUCUUGCGAAAUUCAAUUUCCUUGGUAGAUAAUGAAUCUCCUGACAAGACAAGUACAAGGUGACAUUUCUGAUAGGAAAAACACUGAUAUUUGAAAAGUGGGUUGAAAUGUCGGCUUCUUCACUCUGCUAUUAGAAAACACAGCAAAGUACCGCAAUCGGAACUAUUCCAUUGUUUAUUAGUCACAUACCUUGCUGCUAGAUGUAAGUGAACAGGAUAAUUUUGAGUAAAACCAACAGUCGAUUACAAGUUCGAACACACGGUUGUUGAGUGAGUAGACCAGAAUGCUAUCUAAAGACCAACUUCAAAAAAUCUUUUAUACCGUAUUAAAAAAAAUUGUUCGAUAUGGGUGGCAAACCAGAAACCUAGUAGAUGAGUUGUUUGCUUCCAAAAGACUGCCGUUAUCGAAAGUGUUGUAAAACAUGUUGACUUUCUGCUUUUCAUGAUUUAGUCCCAUAAAAAGGUAAUUUCUACGCUAUAUUUGUUGUUUCCACUAGAGUCUGCAGGUUAUUUCUAAGUAGAUAGGAAGCAAUACCUAGAAUAACUCUAAUGAGAUAACCGAAGGGUAGUGAUAUAAUCCGGAUGUAAGUUUUUAAAUUAUAUUCAUCUUUAUUUAAAGAAUGUUUUUAUUCAGUACAAUAAAUAUAAUUUAAACAAA